AAGCCCGCCCUUUCUGCCAGAAAUAAUGCCUGAUGAUGUAUAUAAAUUUCUCAUACAUACUCCGUCACGGUCCUAUAAGCCACUAUCAUUUCCAUUUAGGAAAAUGAGCAAAAAAAAUUGUUAUAUUUAUUUAUUUAAUCAUUUAAUGUAUUUUUCCUUUUUUUAUUCCUUUACAGAAGCUGACAAGGUUCUCAAAUUUCAAGGAAAUGACUCGACAAUUGAUCAUUUCCGACUGAUAUUAAAAGUUGAUGAUAGUUUAUUAGUCGGAGGAAGAAACGUUAUCUAUAAUCUAAGUAUCCAUGAUUUAACAGAGCAGAACCGAGUUCUUUGGCACUCCACAGAAGAUGAUAUAAAGAUGUGUCUAAUAAAGGGAAAAGAUGAGGAAUCAUGUCAGAAUUACAUUCGAAUUCUUACAAUCACAAACCCCGGAACGUUAUUGGCAUGUGGUACAAAUGCCUAUCGGCCAGUGUGUCAUUACUACAAUACAACGGGACUUAAAUAUGUGUUAGAGAAAAAUAAAGCUGGACAAGCAAUGUGUCCAUAUGGACCGAAGCAUAAUUCCACAUCAGUUUUUGUCGAUAACGAUCUUUACACCGGUACCGAUGCCGACUUUAGUGGCAACGACCCAAUUAUUUAUCGAGAGCCGCUUCAAACCGACCAGUUUGACAGUCUCAGUUUAAAUGCACCCAAUUUCGUGGGAUCAUUUACAUUCGGCGAUUUUGUUUAUUUCUUCUUCCGUGAAACAGCUGUUGAGUUCAUCAACUGUGGCAAGGUUGUAUAUAGUCGUAUUGCACGUGUAUGUAAAUGGGAUAAGGGUGGUCCACAUCGCUUCCGUAAUCGUUGGACGACAUUCCUUAAAUCACGCCUCAAUUGCUCCAUUCCUGGAGACUUUCCAUUCUAUUUUAAUGAGAUUCAGUCCAAUAGUGAUCUCGUCGAAGGCACUUACGGCAACACAAAUGCUCGAUUAAUCUACGGUGUCUUUACAACAUCACAUAAUGCGAUUGCUGGUUCCGCCAUCUGUGCAUUUUCACUGCAGGAAAUUUCUGAUACAUUUGAGGGCAAUUUUAAGGAACAGUCUAGUGCACAUUCUACAUGGAAACCAGUGGAUAAGUCAAAGAUUCCUGAACCCAGACCCGGCUCUUGUCAUAAUGAUACAAGAGUAUUACCCGAAGCAACUCUCUCAUUUAUCAAGACUCAUUCGUUGAUGGAUGAAAACGUACCAGCAUAUUUUGGACUUCCAAUUUUAACACGUGUCGGCACUCCGUAUCGCUUCACACAAAUUGCUGUCGAUCCACAAAUAAAAACGCCAGGAGGCAGAACGUAUGAUGUUAUAUUCGUCGGUACAGAUCAUGGAAAAGUGCUGAAAACAAUAAAUGCCGCAUCAGCAAAUGACUCAAGCAAAGUGUCAUCCGUGGUUAUUGAGGAAAUUGAUGUCCUUUCUAAACCCGAACCAAUUAGAAAUUUGAAAAUUGUUCGAACUAUGCAAUAUGAACAACCAAAGGACGGUAAUUAUGAUGAUGGACAAUUGAUUAUUGUAACCGACAGUCAGAUCAUUUCUAUACCAUUACAUCGAUGUAAUAGUGAAAAGAUUAAUAGUUGCAGCGACUGCGUUGAGCUGCAAGAUCCAUACUGCGCCUGGGACAAGAUUGCUGGAAAAUGUCGUUCGCAUGGUGCACCACGAUGGCUAGACGAAACAUAUUUCUACUCAGAAGUAUCAACCGGCAAACAUUCAGCAUGUCCAUCAGGAAAGACAUCAAACAAGGAUCCAAAUGUUGAAUCCAAAGGUUAUCGUGAUGAUUUUGACAUGCGAAUGGGUAAGGACGGUGAAUUAAGCGGAACAAUGCAAGAUAAAAGCUAUGAUGGUAUGAAUGGACCACAAAUCCGAGCGGAUGCUAUUAAUGCACAAUACACUGUUGAAACUGUUGUCAUGGCUGUACUAGCUGCUGCCAUUUUUGCACUACUUGUUGGCUUUAUCACUGGAUAUUUCUGCGGAAGACGAUGUCAUAAGGAUGAGGAUGAUAAUUUGCCAUAUCCAGAUACCGAAUACGAGUACUUUGAACAACGAUCUAAUCUUAAUCGCCUACAAACCGAACCCAAAUUGUUACCACAAGUUGAAGAAGUUACAUAUGCCGAACCCGUUUUAUUACCCCAACCCCCAAAUCCAAAUAAAAUUCAUCAACCACCGAUGGGCUCACCAAAGAGCACAUUAAGGAAACCCAUGAUGCCACAUCAUCAUGGUGGAGUCAAUUCAGAAACUUUAUUCCAGUUCCAACCAGAUGGAUAUAAUCCACCACGCGAUGGUUUUCGCGGACGUGAUAAUUUCGGAACACUAAGAUCCCAACAGGGCGACAUCUACAGACGUGACGGUUUCUCAACGACGAGAAGCGUCAAGAAAGUAUAUCUAUGA